UUAAAUGAUAAGUUGUCAGUUGGAAGUCAACAGUGAGAAAGGCUGGUCGUGUGUUGAAGAAGUGCAUCCGAUAAAAGGCACUCAGUGAAUACCGAUACACACAGUUUGCUACUGGGCUAGGCUGACGAGGAAAAUUGUGUUGCACCGUCCACUAGCUGACAAGGGAAAUCUGUUUCUGUGGAUUACCUGGAUCACAAGCUGUAUCCUCAAGAACCCACGCAAGGCAUCAGCUAAUCAACUGACUCCCACAACCAACAACAUCAACAGCAUCUUGUUGAAAAGCUACGCCGUGCCUUUCCUCGCAAACUCCUGUUUUGGAAUGCUCUGAUGAUCACCAACGGAUAAUUACUACUAAUUUGCAGAAAGUUACUCCGUGAAGAGACACAAAGUCGAUCCUAAUAAAGACAGACUGAAGGCUUAAAAUAAUGGAAGGCAAAAAGGAUACCACUUUGACGAAGAUCUUCGUUGGCGGCUUGCCUUUCCACACGACCAAUGAUAAGCUACGGGAGUUCUUCGAGCCGUUCGGCGAGAUUGAAGAAGCCGUGGUCAUCACAGAUAGAAACUCCGGCAAGAGCAAGGGAUACGGCUUCGUAACGAUGGCAACCAAGGAUGCAGCGAGGUUAGCGUGCGCAGACGCUAACCCCAUCAUCGAUGGGCGGAAGGCCAACGUCAAUCUGGCCAUUAUUGGCGCCAAGCCAAGAAACAACGCCACACACAACACGGCAGAGCAGAUUCAGUACGCCAUUGCCAGACACCAUCAGGCGAAUAUAACCCACCACAACGCCUGCCACACAGUGCCGUCCAUUGCUUCGACUCCAUUUGGGAAUGGUAUUUACUAUGAUGACUUAGCUACAAAGGCACAAGGACAAGGAAGAUUAGCCGCCCAGUACAUCUACCCACAGUACUAUGUCGCCCAUCCGUCCAUCGCCUACCAGCAUCAGAACCAGGGCUACCUGGACUAUUCCACGGCCUACGCCUACCACCAGCACCUAAACACGGCUGGGGUGGACCCCUACACGUACGCCGCGGGCCAGGGGGCUUACGUGCCCCCUUCCCCCACCAGCACCACCUUCCAGUACCAGGUACCCCAGACAGGUCAGCAGGCCAUCCAGCCCGCCGCCCUGCCGGCCAGCACGGCCAAUAUCUACCAAGCGCAGUUCCAGGCCGCCCAAACCGCCCAGCCAGUCUGUGAGAGAAUGUAGUACCCUCACCAAACUUUUAAAUAAAAAAGAAAACUGAGGAGAGACUAAGUAGCCAGUCUGCCAUCCAUAGAAUUCAGAAUUUGUUGUUGAUGUA